AUGGUGAGAAAAACUGUGGAAGUAAUUCUACCCGUGUGCGGUGACAUAGAAAUAGUUGUUGAUAUCAAGUUUAACAACACUGCCGAUGUAGGUAUCGUGGCUAUCCUUGCUACCUUCUUGAAUGCUGAAUAUAAUGUUAUUGAGCGAUGUGUUGUCAGUAGUUGGUUUACAAAGGGUGUUGAAACGGUAUUAUCUACGCUAUCGCUUUAUCAUCUUUAUUUUCAUCACGUAACACGGGGUGGGCGCCAUAUUAAUGUUGCAACAGUCGUGAGGUGA